AAAAAAAUCUUUCCCUUGUGAUUGUGUGCAGGAAUAUCUAACUACCAAAAGUAGCGAGAAAUUUCAAAGAUGAGUUAUAUGAAGUAAGUAAGGAAGUAGAAGCAUUAAAUAACUGUGUGUAGAGUAAGAUGGAGGUUAAGGCAUUACUGUUAAAUUCUCGAAGUCCAAAUGCUUCGUUGAAGCAACCCAAAGAAUUAUUUAGUUUUGUACGUGAUAUCGAUGGAGAAUAUGAAUAUGAUGAAGAAAAAGUUAAUAAAGAAAGAUUAUCUUAUUAUUAUUUACCAGAUCUGAAUUUAAAUCAUAGUACGAUAGAUUUAUCAUCUGGUUUUAAUAAAUUUAAACAAAUACCGGGAGAAGAAAAUUUACCUAAUUAUAAAACAUUCCUUACAGCUUUACAAAAAUAUGAAGAAAAACAUGGAAGUAAAUCAAAAGUUAAUAUAAUAACUUUUAGAGGUAUAAUGACAAAAUUAUUAACAUUACCUUAUAAUUCUCAAGAUUCAUUAGAUUUAAAUAUUAUUAAAUAUGAUGGACAAAUAUUUAUAAAUCUUGAUACAGAUAUUGAACUUUCUCGUCAAGAUAAAGAAUCUCAAGAAAGAUUAAAUUUACCUACUGAUAAACAAGAUUAUUUAAAUAAAUGUGAAUUCAGUGGUUAUAAAUUCGAAACUUUGGCUACUUUACCAAAACCAUGGAGCGAUUGUUCUCGACAGUUAAUUGAGCGUCGAAAUAAGAAAAUUGUUAAUAAUUACGAACAAUAUUUAUCAGUAGUUAGAUCAGGUAUAGGAAACCUUAAGAUGAUACUUGUUGGAGAAGUAGAUGGAGUAUGGGAUUAUAAACCAGGUGUAAAUGAUGGAGGACUGGUAUUAGAUCAUUAUAUUGAAUUAAAAACUUCUAAAGUAAUUGAAAAUAAUGGUCAAGUUAUAAAUUUUGAAAAGAAACUAUUUAGAACUUGGGGUCAAUGUUUCUUAAUGGGUAUUAAACGAGUUAUAUAUGGGUUUAGAGAUGAUAAAUUCAUACUUCGAACCGUUGAAAUUUAUGAAACAAACGAGAUUCCAUUGUUGAUAAAGGGUAAUCCUUUACAUGAGAAUGAAAACUCUGGUACUCCUCCAAUAAAUUGUAUGAGUGCAAUUAGAUGGUAUGGUGCUGUAUUAGAAUGGAUUAAUGAAUUGGUAGUUGAUGAAAAUAAAGCUUAUAGACUUAAUUAUAAUCCUCUGAUGAAAGCAGUGACCAUAAGAGAGUUACCAAACGACAUUAAUGAACGUUUAAGAAAUGGGGAAAUAUUGACACUGGAAUUUAAAGCAUGGAGAGAAAGUUUGAAGAGUUCAUGAAAAAAAAACAGGGUUAAUUUACUAUAUUUUUGAAACUAUACUUUAAUUAAUUUGAUUCAAUUAUAAACUCGUGUUAAGUAUUCUGUCUGAUUCAGGAAUUAAUUAACUUAGCAAUGUUCCCCUCUUACUGCUAAUGUUCUGUCUAGGAAAAUAUACCAUAUAUGGAUGAGCAUGUCAAUCUAUCGGACCGUGCCAGUAGAAAACACGGCGAAAAG